CUACUGCGUGAGGAAGAGAAGCUCGAGGUCGCUUGUUUACAAGGUUCCUAUCUGGGGGUUUAUUCUUGUCGUCGCCGAAGGAAGCUUUCCCGUCUCUAUGCUUUCUGUCUUGGAGUUGACGCCGCCAUUAUGAUGCCUGUCUUCAAAAGCAGCCGCCGCGACUUUGCUUUCGGGCCGUGGAAGCUAACGGCCGCUCGGACCCACAUCAUCAAAUCGGCCGAUGCCGAGAGGUUAGCUGAAGAACUCCAUAUGCCAUGUGUUCCGGAAAUGAUGUUUGGUGACAAUAUCCUAAGAAUUCAGCAUGAACUGUUCUUUGGCAUAGAGUUCAAUGCAACCGAUGCUUUAAAAUGCGUAAAUAACUCCCAAGGAAUGGUUAAAGUCGCUUGUGCAGAAGAGUGGCAAGAAAGCAGGUCUGAGCCCGAACACACAAAGGAAGUUGUUAAACCAUACGAUUGGACUUACACAACAGACUAUAAAGGAACUCUGCUCGGUGAAACACUAAAGUUAAAAGUUUCUUCUACAACAGAACAUAUAGAUACAGAGAAAUUAAAAGCCAGGGAACAGAUAAUGUUUUUUGAGGAAGUGCUCCUGUUUGAAGAUGAACUUCAUGAUCAUGGGGUUUCAAGUCUGAGUGUCAAAAUUAGAGUAAUGCCUUCCAGCUUUUUUGUGCUGUUGAGGUUUUUCUUGCGAGUUGAUGGAGUUCUUAUUAGGAUGAAUGAUACAAGAAUUUAUCAUGAGGCCAACAAAUCAUACAUGUUGCGGGAAUACACCUCUAGGGAAAGCAAAAUAUCAAAUCUCAAGCACAUUCCCCCAACACUGUUCACGGAUCCUAAUGAGAUUGCCCAGUAUUUGCCUGUCAAAGAAAAUAUUUGUGAGAAGCUGGAAUUUCCUGAGAACUUAUGCCAUGAAUCUGCAGCUGCACCAGAAGGCACUUAAUGAGAGCUGCAUAAUCUGAUGAACUUGAUAUAGACUCUGUUCUUAUCUUCUGGGCCCUUAGCACUGAAGAUGCUGGAUAAAGAUCUGUCUGGAGGCCUGGCUAAAAUUUCGGUAGCCUUGGGUGGGUGAAGCUAACUUGGAAGUUUUUCCUGUACUUUCAUUGUGUCUCUGUUUUGAAUAUGCUUUGAUCUAAUAGGAAACUGCUGUUACUGAUAUUGGGGAGUAAGUCCCCAAAUCAGGAUCAGUUAUAUUAAAGUAUGCAACAUUUCAAGAAAGACUGCACAGAUGUUCAAAAAUCAAAACAAAACAAGUCCUUCAUAAGCGCAGUAACUUUUAAGGACGUUGUUUUAACAUAGUCUUUUGUUAUAAAAGGACUUGUGUUUCAUAUGGUGUGAAAGAGAAUAAUUAAUUAUGUUUCUUCUCUAGGUUAAAUUUGAUUAAUUUGUUGAGGGAUCAUUGAUGCUUGAUGAGUUCAUGAAAUUUAAUGUAUAUUGAAUGGUAUUCUUAAUAAUACUCGCUUGCUGCUUGUCUUAUCAGAUAUGAGGUUUGUUACCUUAUAAACAAAGCUAAAACUUUCACUAAUUUUAAAACAAACAAGCUACAUAAUGUUGACUAAGUACAGAUAACAGUAGAAUCCAUUUUUGCCUGAUUCCUACCAUUCUGUCAUAAAUUAGACGUUAAUAACAACUUGAAAUUGUUAAUGCUCCUUCUUGUCAACCUGAAGUUACCUCCUUUUAAAAAUAUUGCAAGUUUAUAUUGAUUAGAUGUUAACACAAAUUAAAUUCUUAUAAUAUUUGUAACAGAAUAUAAAGUAUUAGUAGUGGGCUAUUGCAGCUAUGACAGACAUGCAUACUUUUAAGUUGUCAAUAUUUUUGAUAAAAAUGAUUGCACAUAUAUUUAUAAAAUAGUUAUCAAACUGCACCAUUCAUAUAUUUCUUAUAGAAGAUAAACUGAACUAUUGUG